GAAGGAUAAUUUUUCCACAUACAACUGUUCUACCUGACUUAAACAUUAUUUUCUUCAAUGGAGGAUAGCACAUGAAAAGAAAACAUGACGAGACUUAUCCGGCAUUGUUGACACAUUGUAGGAAAGUUAUUUUCAUAACUAAAACUUAUGAUAUUAAAUAAGACUUAGGACGUGUGGCUUAGUUAAAUGGUAGUUCGUAAUCCAUAAACCUUCAAAACUGAAAAAAGAAGAGAAUUGUGGCGCAGUAAGCAGAGUUAGAAAAGAAGCUGAAGAAAGAGAUGAACGGUGCAUGCCUCUACGGUUCGGUGAUUACCCCAUCAUCCCCCUCUCCGGUACUUCAACAACGCUAUCAUUAUCUCCAUCCACCAAUCCCCAUUCGCCCCUUAUUCCUAUCCCCUCUCACCACCGCAACCCUCACCACCUUCGUUCUACAACGCGACGCUGCAGUUGAAGUCACGUUCCCUCCUCACUCCGACGACGCCGUUUCAUCGCAAAACGACACCCCCGCGGUUCAGUUCGAAACUCCGACAGAACAACACAACCAAGAUGCAGCUUCGCCACUUCUUUCACAAGAGAAAGGAACGAAACUUAGAAAGAAGAAAGAAGAAGACAACGUCGUCUUCGAUAACCGCUACAAGCUUCGCAACGGAAGAGAGGUUUUUGAAGAAAAAGCCUACCUCGUAGGCGUUGAGCGAAAAAGCGAUGUUCAGGAUUUUGGUAUAGAAGAGUCUCUUAGCGAAUUGGCACAAUUAGCUGACACUGCUGGAUUAUUGGUUGUUGGGUCUACAUACCAGAAGCUUACUUCCCCAAACCCUAGGACGUACAUUGGCUCUGGCAAGGUUUCUGAAAUCAAGAGUGCAAUUCAUGCACUGGGUGUUGAAACUGUUAUCUUUGAUGAUGAGCUGUCGGCUGGGCAAUUGCGCAACUUGGAAAAGAGUUUUGGUGGAGAUGUGAGAGUUUGCGAUCGAACUGCCCUCAUCCUUGAUAUAUUUAAUCAGCGAGCGGCUACACAUGAAGCAUCUUUACAGGUUUCAUUAGCGCAAAUGGAAUACCAACUACCUCGUCUAACAAAAAUGUGGACUCAUCUUGAACGUCAAGCAGGAGGAAAGGUGAAGGGAAUGGGUGAAAAACAAAUAGAAGUGGACAAGCGUAUUUUGCGUAACCAAAUUGGUAUUCUCAAAAAAGAGCUAGAAUCAGUUAGGAAACACCGAAAGCAGUACCGUAACAGGCGUUUCUCAGUACCUGUGCCAGUGGUAUCCUUGGUUGGUUACACAAAUGCUGGUAAGAGUACACUUUUGAAUCGACUAACUGGAGCAGAUGUUCUUGCUGAGGAUAAAUUAUUUGCAACUUUAGAUCCAACUACAAGGAGGGUACAGAUGAAGAAUGGAAAGGAGUUUCUCCUAACAGACACUGUUGGUUUUAUUCAGAAGUUACCUACUACACUAGUUGCUGCCUUCAGAGCUACGCUGGAGGAGAUAUCAGAGUCUUCACUCUUGGUGCAUCUGGUUGAUAUCAGUCACCCCUUGGCUGAGCAACAGAUAAAUGCUGUGGACAAAGUUCUGUCAGAACUAGAUGUAUCAUCAAUUCCAAGAUUGAUGGUCUGGAACAAGGUUGACAAAGCUAGCGAUCCCCGGAAAAUCAGGCUAGAAGCUGAGAAAAGAGAAGAUGUUGUAUGCAUAUCUGCUUUAAGUGGUGAGGGCUUAACAGAAUUUUGUAAUGCAGUUCAAGACAAGCUAAAGGACUCCAUGGUUUGGGUAGAAGCUUUGGUCCCAUUUGAAAAUGGGGACCUUCUCAGCACCAUACACCAGGUUGGAAUGAUUGAGAAAACUGAAUAUACAGAGCAAGGGACAUAUAUCAAGGCACAUGUGCCCCUGCGUUUUGCAAGAAUGCUUACACCCAUGAGGCAACUGUGUGUUUCGCGAUCUUAACUUUCUUUAAUAUAUUUUAUUUUUUAAUAAUGACUUUCUUGAAUAUUUGCCAUUCGCUAGUGCAGAAAAUAGUUAUUAUAAUUUUUCGUCACAUCUGUUUGAAGCAAUGGGUUAACUUGCAGCAUAAUUUGUACAUAUGUAUGUAAUUAUUGAAAUCAUGUUAGCAAGCCCCCGAAGAUGGAGACGCUAUAGGAUGGCAAUUAUAAUUCUUUGUUAAGAUUUUAAAUAUUAUUUAAUUAUUAAGGUAGCAUAUUCUGCAAAAUUCCUAAGCUAUUAGAAAAUUAGGAAUUUUAAUGCUGAUCAGGAGUAACAUGAACAACCACCUGAUGUGGUCCUACUCUCCACUGUCUACAAUACAAUAAUAUACUGUAAAUGUGUGGGCCAACUGUUCUUUUGGGGGAAAAAAAGAGGAAUAGUAUCUCUUUUCAAAUAUACUUAUACGCCAAAAAGAAAAAUU